AUGAGGUACUACUUUUCCCCUCGCGGCGUUUGCGAGCUGCGAUUUUCGAAUAUCCUGGCUGGUUUGGUCAUGCCCUUGCGUAUCACUUCUGCUCCCACAGCCGGUGUCCAGAAGCGCAAGUCUACAGCUCCCAGACCCCGCGCAUCGCCCUUUGCCGCCCAUGCGCGCCGCAAGCCGAGCGCUACCCCAACCGGCGCCGUGAAGGCAGCCGCGGAUCUCGAUGAUCAUGACCCUCUUCCCGAUAUAGGUGGUUCGCAAUUCAUCUCCGAGUCCGCCCCCGUCAAGAAUGUAGUGGAGGCCAUCCAAUAUAUUCGGACGCGAAUGUUUGACGAGCUCCCCGCACGAGCGGGGAUGAACAGUACCCGCAUUGCAGAGGUCUUGAAUUUGCGCCGGUCGCUGCCUGCACUUGCCUCGGUCGCACACGUCCAUACUCUGUUCAAUGCGCCUACACAGGUCGAACGGGAGAUCGUGGAGCUGGUCAAGGCAGGCCAUGUCCGGCGGCUGAUUAUACCGGGGCGCGGCAAUGAUGCAGCCGGGUUGGGAGACUGUUUGGUUCUUGCGGAAGACUGGGACGAGAUGGUCCGCGGGAGUUCGGCUUUAGAUCCAGCGGUCAAGGAGAAAUUCCUUGACAUUAUCAGCCGUAUCGGUACCAGCUCUGCAAUCUCACAGGGCGUGUUUACCGCCGACGAGUACCGGGCCUUGAUUCGCGCUGGAUUCCUCGUCUCGUCCUCUUCGUACACACAGGGAUCCCUGAGCAUCGUUUCUCUUCCUCAGCUGCCGGGAAUCGCGAUCUCCGCAGCCAGUCGGAGAGGCCCGGCCCCGAGUUCUGAUGCCGACCACGUACAGACCCAUGCCCAAGCUCGUGCCGCGACUCUAUUUUUAUCGUUCCCCAACACCGGAACGUAUCUUCGGUUGCUCGGCACCGGCCGUGCGCACUUGCUUGCCCUUCUCCAGCGAUCGGCUUGCAGCGAGGCCCCUUUGCACUUGCUCAAAGAUCGCUGGGACGGAGCAGUCGAAACGGAGAAGAACUUCCACCUGGCGAAAAGAGCCCGUGGCGAGUUUGCGGGGAUUCUGCCAGGGAAAACCAAGAAGUGGAAAGAGUUGUAUGGCAUGCGAUUCCAGUGGGUGUUGGAGGAAGCACUGGGGGCGGGCCUGGUAGAAAUCUUUGAAACCGGCAGCGUGGGACCAGGGAUUCGGCGUCUGUAA